GUGAAACACAGCUUUCAUUGAGCGUUUGGUUAGCCACAUAACACCAUGUGGUCCCAUCUUACCCUUCUGCUAAUCGUUGGAGCGGCCGUGGUCGGGAGUGAGCCUGACCAUGCCUGGACUAAGGACAAGGAGUACCGAUAUUCGGUACGAACUCAGACCAUAACGAGCAUAGACAAGGUGGAUAAACAGGGUUCCGGAGUUCUAACGAAGACUGUUCUCGUCGUUCAAGUGAAAUCGCCGGAUGUACUGCGAGCAAAGCUUAUCGAGCCGCAGUAUGCCCAAGUACAUACUCAACAAGGCUGGUCACAAGACUGGUACACCCAGAUCCCAGAACACCAGGUGGAGUUUCGUGAGCUUCCUAUGUCCGGGAAGCCCUUUGAGAUCCACCUAAAGCACGGAACAGUCCGAGAUAUGUUGGUCGACCAGAGUGUGUCGACCUGGGAAGUGAACAUGCUGAAGAGUAUCGUGAGCCAACUGCAGGUUGACGUACAAGGCGAGAACGCGAUAUUGACCAAGUAUACUCAGAUACCCAGCGAUGAGCAGCCGUAUGCCACGUUUACAGCCAUGGAGGACUCCGUAGGUGGCAACUGCGAGGUCCUUUACGACAUCAUGCCCUUCCGAAUAUCCGAAUUUGCUCUGCACGACAAACCGGAUUUGGUACCGUUGCCGCAGUUUCGCGGCGACGGCAACUAUUUCGACAUCAUAAAGACAAAGGAUUACACCAAAUGCGCACAGCAAAGCGAGUAUCAUUUUGGAAUCGACGGCAAAACCCACUUUGGAAAAUGGAGAACCGAUCCGACUGCGAGUCUUCUUGCGAAAUCGUCAACGAGUCGUGUCAUAAUCUCGGGCACUUUGAAGCAGUUCACCAUUCAAUCAUCAGUAACGACAAACGACAUUGUAAUCAGUCCUAGAAUGAACAACGAUUACUUCGGCACUGUCUACAGCAAAGUAAAUCUUACUCUGGCCUCGAAGGAAGAUAUCUCGGAACCAGAAAUACCUUCAUCCAGCAAUUUCGUGUCAACUGGAAAUCUAGUGUACAUCUACAACAACCCAUUUGGGGACAACUUUGGACAAAAACUCAGAUCACGUCGUCCAAGCAUCAGCCGAAAUUCCAUGCCAGUUCAGUCAUCCGAGAGUUCUGACAGUUCCACCGAAGGAAGACACAGAUCAUUAAUGUCAUUAUUGUCGAACGAUCGUCUUCGCUGCAGCGAUAGCAAGCAAGAUGAGCAAGAAGAGAACUUCUUACAAUGUAGACCGAAAUUAGACGAGCCUCCGGAAAAUCCUUUGUUGCCGUAUUUCAUAGGUUUCAACGGCCAGAACAUCCAGAAGUCCGACAAAAUUGACCUGGUGAGAGAUGCUGGGCGUCUGUGCAAAGAGAUAGCCAAGGAACUUGAGAAAUUCGUCGAUGUGGUAUCGAACAGAACGCUGGAGAAGUUUACGAUACUGAUAAGACUGAUACGUCUCAUGAACGUCCAGCAGAUCAACGAUGUGCAGAAAAAUAAGUUUAAUUCCGCAGAGACUCCCAAAUAUUGCUGGGUCGUUUAUCGCAACGCUGUCGCACAAGCCGGAACUGGACCCGCCCUCCUUACUAUCAAACGAUGGAUAAAGGAGGCGAAACUUCAGAACUUGGAAGCGUCACAAGUCAUCUCGAUGAUCCCUAAAGUCGCACGCACGCCUACACCGGAAUACGUCAGAGAAUAUUUCGAACUGAUUAAGGAACCAAUAGUGCAGAAGCAGGCAUUUGUGAACGGCACCGCACCCUUCGCAUUUGCCGAAUUGAUCUUGAAUGCGCAAGUCAGCGAGACGAGAAGAAAAAGUCGCUAUCCGAUACACGCUUUUGGACCCAUGAUUCCCGAGGAUGAUGAAAUGUUGGUCAAAACUUACAUUCCCUACAUGGCGCAACAAUUGAGAGAAGCCAUUCAGAAUAACGAUAGUCCACGAGCGCAGGCGUACAUCAUGGGUCUGGGUAAAUUGGGUCAUCCGCAAAUCCUUUCGGUCUUUGAGCUAUACCUUGAAGGGACGCAACCGGUAUCGAAGCAUCAACGUGUACUGAUAAUUGCCUCGUUAACUGUAUUAGCCGAAAACUUUCCGAAGCUGGCCAGGUCUGUCCUCUAUAAAAUUUACACAAACCCAGAAGAGGCCCACGAAGUACGUAUCGCUGCGAUUUAUUCCUUGAUGAAGACUAAUCCGCCCCUGGUUAUGCUGCAACGCAUGGCGCAGUACACAAAUUAUGACAAGGAUGAGCAGGUAAAUUCCGUCGUGAAAUCCCUCAUAGAGAGUCUCGCUGAGUUGAAUUUGCCAGAAUGGCAGGAAUUAAGCGACAAGGCUCGCAUUGCUAGGAAGCUACUAACGCCCAAAGAGUUCAGUUACAAGCAUUCUCGAGGUUACUUCAAGAACGUCGCUCUACACGCUCUAAGCAAGAUUCAAACGGUCACUCUGCAAACCAUUAGUGACGAAAGUGGCUUGCCCAAGGCUUUGUACUUCGGGAAUCCGUCUGAAGACUUCUUAGGCCACCCGAAGAUGGAAACGGCGUACUUAGUAUCAAACAUCAGACAGUUCUUCAAGACUAUGGAGCAACGAGAAGAUGAGGGAAAAUCGCACGAAAUUGACCAGAUCAUACGCGCGCUCAACAUGCAACCACAAGUUCUAGAGCAACUGGAAGGACUGUGGUUAUAUAACGACAUGUACGGAUCGUUUCUGUAUCCCUUCGACAAUCACACCAUCGAAAGGAUAUUCAAGAUGUUCUUUGAACUGACAAAACAACGCUCGCCGAUGCAGCAGAUGAACCUAAACUCGCUGUACAGCUACGAUAUGACAGUGAACUUCCCGACAGAGACCGGCUUUCCGUUUACCUAUGUAAUGCAGAGGCCGACGUACUGGAAAGUCCAAGCAAGAACGAACCAGGAGCAUCGUUCAUAUUCUUCGGCGAAAAGCAGUGGUGCAUUUGAGUGGGCAUAUGCCAGCAAAACAAUGGCCAGAUUUGGUUUCGUGACGCCUUUCAAACAUCAGUUUUACGCUGCCGGUGUUGACACCGAUUCGCAGAUUAUGGUACCAGUUGCGUACGAAUACGAGAGAAACGUCCCUGAGAAAACUGUGCAGUUUAGAGUCCGCCCAAGCUGGAAGCAAACCGAGUCACAGUCCGAGUUUAAAGUGGCUCACUACGGUGUCGUUCCCUUCACUGCAAGGAUCAAUCUGCUCGAGCUUCAACCCGUGUCGUUCAAUAGGAACAUGCACAUAGCGCGUACGAGCGAUCAGCAGACAACGGAGUACAAUUUUGAUAUGUUCAGAGUCAAAUUCCAACGCGAUGGCAAAUCUUCGAAAUAUUCGAAAGGCUUUAGCGCAUUCAUUAAGCAGUUAUUUAGUUUCCCAAGAGAGGAUGAUACUCGUUACAAAAUGCUCGAUGUAUACCUGAAUAACGAUCAAACAAGGGAUUGGACGUCCAUAAAUCUUGCUUACGAUAGGAAAGAGUUUGAUAUCAAGAGUAAGGACUCUUGGCCAAGCACGAAGGAGUUGUCGACUAUAUUUAAGCCGCAAAUGAGUUCUCAGAAAAGAAGAGACGUAAUGUUGAAGGAAGUCAGCAGAGGUGUUGUAUCGCCUACUGCUCAAGCGGUGGAUUUAAUCAUCGACGUGCCGAACGUUCCGCAGCAGGAAUACAUUGUCACUUUCGGUCUGGCGGAGAGCAGUGCGGACGACAGGCCCAAUUAUCAAACUCUUUUCCAUUUCCAAUCGAUGAAGGAUAAAAAACCCAAUUACGAGGUUUGCUCCCGUGGAUUCAUGGACAUGUCGCAACGCAUUCCACUAGAUUACGAGAAAGCGCUGGAGCGCGUACCAGAGGAGCAGUUCCACUGGCAGAUGGAAUUUGGAACGACUUGCGCGAACGGUAACAGUUUCAACAUCACCGGUACCGAGACACGAACGGAGGAGUUGAAGGAAGCGAUCAUAAACUCCGAGAUAGCCAAAGAAUGCGAGCGCGAAAUGCAACAAGGCAAUAAAGCGCUACGAGCUUGUCAGAAGGCUAAUGCACUCACUGAGCUGAGGAAUCGUUUAUCGAUAUCAUUAGAGAUUCCUGACGAAUUGAUUAACGAGGGCUUUAACACAAUUAUUGAUUCUUUAUCGCGACUACCCGUUAAACAUAAUCUCUUGCAAAACAAUGAGCUGUUGGAGAAACUCUUACUGCAGGAAGAGACCUCUGGAACGCAGAAGAUCAAUUUGGAGCUAACUAUGUCGUCCGAUUUUAAGAAAGCAGAGCUAGCUUUGCGCACUUCGGAAAUGGAUCUCAAACUUCCACCCGUCGACCUUAGCGAGAUAAUAAUAUUGACCAAAGAAGCUGACAGAAUAUGGAAACUAGAAAACGACGAUGUUACGUGCACUAUCGACAAAAACAAGGCGAUUACUUUUGACAACAAGGUGUAUCCGGUGGAGUUGGGAAAGUGCCAGCAUGUAAUGAUGAUCACUCGUCCUUACUGGAAUAAUCCAGCCGUACCGAAAGUGGCUGUUAUAGUUCAAGAAAAAGAUGACGGUAGCAAGAAGCUCCAACUUAUCUUGGGUUCGGAUUCACAGAUUGAUUUGCAGAAAGCAUAUAAUGAUCUUGAAAUUAAGAUCAACAAUCAAAAGAUCAUGCUGCCAUCGCAAGGAAGCUACCUGUACAGAGUGGCUGAUGAAAUCGUCGCCGAGAUUUAUAAGCUACCGGACAAUUCGGUCCGUGUCGACUCGAGAAAGUAUUUCAUGAAUGUCGUGUAUGACGGAGAUCGUGUCCAACUUCAAGUAUCCGACGUUUACCGCAAUGCUAUCCGCGGUCUCUGCGGCAAUUAUGAUUGGCAACCCAGCAACGAUUUCAUGACCUCCAAGGAGUGCGUUCUGGACAAGCCCGAGGAAUUUACUGCCACGUACGCUCUCACCGAACGCAACUGUCAAGGACCAGUCUUGAAGAACAAGCGACGAGCCGAGCAGGCCAAGUGCAUCAAGAUGAUAUAUCGUCAGAGCAACGUCAUAAGUGACAAGGAGGCGGGAAGACCCUGGACUGAGAACAAACAAUGGGGAUACCAUUGGAACCGAGAUCAAGAGAAGACACCACAUUGCACUAUUUAUCGCACCAGGGUAGUGGAGGACAAUGACAAUUUCUGCUUCACCGUGAGACCGCUACCGGAAUGCGCCGCGAAUUGCGAACCUGUAGAAAUGAAGACAAAGCGGGUCCCGGUUCACUGCUUGCCAAAGAAUGAAGCUUCGAUUGAUAUGAAACGUAGAAUCGAGAAGGGAGCUAAUCCCGACAUGAGCCACCGAAGUGUCUCCAAGAUGCACGUCUUCAAAGUCCCUAUUGCUUGCACUGCCGCGGAACUCGGUACUGCGUUCAUUCGAUCACAUAACAUCAUGUGGCUGCGUUUCGCUCUGCUCUUAAUCAUUGGAGCGGCUUUGGCUGACCAUGACCAUGCCUGGGAAAAGGGAACCGAGUAUCGAUACCUUGUGCACAGCCGGACUCUGACGGAUCUGGGAGAGUUAACUAAAGAAUACUCUGGCAUUUUGAUAAAGGGUGAUCUCAUAGUUCAGGCGAUAUCAUCGGACACUCUGCAGGCAGUGAUCUCCAAGCCACGAUAUGCUCGCGUGCACCGACCGCUUCUGGACGGUUGGGAUUCCUGGAUUCCCGUGGAGACAGUGGAACCUCGCGAGCUUCCCAUGUCCGGAAAGCCGUUCAAGAUCAAGCUGAAACACGGAUUGAUCCGGGAUCUGAUGGUCGAGAAAGACACACCCACUUGGGAAAUCAAUCUGUUGAAGAGUAUCAUAAGCCAGCUGCAGGUUGACACACAGGGCGAAAACAAAAUAAGAAGCAGGAGCACUCAAGUACCCGAUGACGAACAGCCGUACGCUAUGUUCAGGGCAAUGGAGGACUCCGUAGCUGGCAAAUGCGAGGUCCUUUACGACAUCAUGCCCUUACCCGAAACUACUCUGCAUGAGAGGCCGGAAUUGGUACCGUUGACGACUCGCGGCGAUGACCACUAUCUCAUCACAAAGACAAAGAAUUACACCAGAUGCGAGCAAAAGAUGCGUUACCAGUUUGGUAUUGGUGGCAAAAUGAAAUGGUCGCAUAUGUCCAAUCCAUCUAAUGCCGGAUACGUUUCGAGAACGUCCAUGAGUCGCAUCGUCAUCUCCGGCAAUCUAAAACGUUUCACUAUCCAAUCAUCCGUGACGGUAGACAAAAUGGUAGCCAGCCAUAAAACGUGGACCGGCACUGUCCACAGCAGGGUAAACGUAACGUUGGAAAAAGUGGAUAAAAUGUCCAACCCUCUGCCCGUGUCCGACGAUGUAAUAUCAACCGGAAAUCUAGUAUACACGUACAACGAUCCGUUCUCCGACGUCAAGAAACACAAGGCAAGCCCGAGCAUCGGACGAAAUUCUUUGCCAGUUAUGUCAUCAGAGAGUCACAGCUCGGAAAGUUCUAGCGAGGAGAGAUACGGUGGCAAGGAUCCUCUGGAUAGCAGCAGCGGUAGCGAUGCCAGCAUCUCGAUUGCCAACAGCAACGAACGCAGCUACUUACGAUCGAAACCUUCAUUAGACCAAGUGCCGGGCAAUGCGCUGUUACCUUAUUUCAUCGGGUAUAAAGGCAAGGUCAUCGAUGAUUCUAAGAAGGUAGACGCGGUGGAAGCGGCCGCGCAACUGAUCAAGAUGAUACCCGAGCAAAUUGAAUACACGCGCGUAGAUAGCAGGUCUCUUGGAUUGCUAGAGAAGUUUACAAUUCUAUCGAAGUUGAUCCGCACUAUGAACACCAAACAGAUCGCCCAGUUGGAAGAAAAGGUUGCCGCAAUUGUGAAAGAGAUCCCGGAUAACUUGGAGGAGGAUUUGAAAAAAUACUUUAGACAAAAUUAUGGGGACGUACUACGCGAUGCACUUACGCAGGCCGGAACUGGACCCGCUUUUAUGACCCUCAGGAGGUGGAUAAAGGAGAAGAAGCUCGAGGGCGCGGAAGCGGCACGUAUCGUUUCAAGAUUACCCAAAACCGUGCGCGUACCUACGGCGGAAUAUAUCCAAGCAUUUUUCGAAAUGAUUACCCAACCGGAAGUGAUGCAACAGAGAUUCUUGAACACAACCGCCCCGUUGGCGUUCGCGGAAUUGGUCUUCUAUGCCCAGAUUAGCGAGACAGAGCAGUACAAUCGCUACCCGGUGUUUACUUUCGGUCGCAUGGUCCCGAAAGAGGAUCGAGCUGUAGUCGAAACUUACAUUCCCUAUAUGGCCAAGCAACUCAAGGAAGCCAUCAAGGACGGCGAUAGUCCGCGAAUACAGACGUACAUUUUUGCUUUGGGUAACUUUGGUCAUCCGAAGAUCCUCUCGGUCUUUGAACCGUAUCUGGAAGGCACGGUGCCGGUAUCAAACUUCCAACGUAUGAUGAUGGUUCUCUCGUUGAACAAGCUAGCCGAGACCAACCCGAGAAUGGUCAGGUCCGUUGCCUACAAGAUUUAUUUAAACGUGAGGGAAGCUGAUGAGGUGCGCACUAUGGCGGUCUUUAUGGUAAUGAAGACCAACCCUCCUCUAACUAUAUUGCAACGCAUGGCAGCAUUCACCAACUAUGAUGACAGCAAACAAGUGAAUUCCGCUGUCAGGAACAUUAUAGAGACACUCGCUAAUUCUAAGAUGGAAGAACCGCAGUGGCAAGAUCUCGUUAACAAGGCGCGCAUCGCCAAGGACCUAUUGAAACCUCAGAAAUACGAUGAAAAGUAUUCUCAAGCUUUUUUCAAGAAAUUCGCAAUGGAAAAUGUCAUUUACAAAUUGGCCAUGUUCGUUGUCGGUAGCGACGACAGUUAUCUACCCAAAGCUGAAUUUCUCAACCUGGGCAUCUCUUAUGGUGCCUUUAAUCUGCCCACCAGUGAAGUGGGAUACGUAGUAUCAAGCAUGAAACAGUUCUUAGCUAUAUGGGAUACGCUAGAGAAUGACGAUAACAAUGAGCAGCCGAAACCAUCGAUCAUUGAAGAGAUCGUGCGUGCACUUGAUAUUCAACCAGAAGAUCCGCAGCAGUUGGAAGGAAACAUCUUCUGGAACAGCUUCUACGAUGGGCGAUUUUAUCCCUUCGACAAUCACACGAUUGAAAGAAUAGUCGAGACGUGGAGCAAGAAAUUCAUGAAAGCGAUGGAACCCGGGCUGUUCCAACCCAAGAAUAUAAACCACCUGGAGAGCUUUGAUAUAACGGUAGGAUUCCCAAUGGAGAGCGGCAUGCCGUUCAUCUAUACCUUCGAGGCGCCGAGAAUGAUGAGGCUCAGCGGUGAAGGAAAGUUUAACAUAAAACCACAGGAGGGCUUUACUACGAACUUGAACAUUGCGGGACACUUAGUAAUGGCCGAAAACAUCCUGAACAGAGUCGGUUUCAUGGCACCCUUCGAGCAUCACGAGUACAUCGCCGGUGUCGACGAGGGUUGGCAACUGUUCCUGCCAAUCGGCUUUGAAGUCAAAUUUGAACCCGCACAGAAGAAUAUCCAACUGAAGCUGCAUCCGGACAACUACUAUAAAUAUGGCCUUGACAUGAUAACGUUUGGCGCUAGCAUCAUUCCAUACACCUCGAGCUACGACAUCCUUCAACUUCAACCUGUAAUUCUCGACAAAGGCACGAAGAUCGCGUAUAGCAAGAAACCGCAGAACAUAGAAUUAAAGUUGAUAGACAAUAUCCAUGUUAUGAUGAGCAGCGAUUUAAUCGAAGAAGAGGAAAACAUUGACUUCGAGUCUCGAUACGAGUUGUUGACUAGACUUGUCGGAGAUAAUGCCAAUUAUAAGGUGCUCAACAUAGUACUGAAAUCUUUGCCGGGUGAAAUAAACGUCAGUUUCGAUGUCGUUGAGACUGACGCCAACAGUAAGGGAGAUCACGAAACAUGGCCAACCCUGCCCGCGAUGGUUGACAAACAACCGGACAGCGAGGCGAGAAGGCAGCAGUUCCUAAAAGAAGUUAGCAAGGAUAUCAAUUCAGCCACCAACUACAUUGUUGACGUAGACGUCUCCCUUCCAGCUGUGAUGCGAAAUCGUGAAAUUUUCACCAUCGGCAUCUCGGAGAGCAACGUAGAUGACAAGACUCGGGGUCUUCUCUUUUGGAAACAGAUGCCGAAAUCUGAGGAAAACCCAGAGAGUGACGCAAUGGAGUUGUGCGCCGCCGGAUUGAUGCGAUCAACGCGAGACAUCCUUCUGGAUCCUGAGAAAGCGCUCAAGCGUAUACCGACGGACGAACUCAACAUGGAGAUGCAGAUUGGAAAGACUUGCGAGGAUGGUCUGCAGAUUAGAAUCGAAGGAAACAUGACGCGAAGCGACGAUCUUAAAGAGGUGAUAAUGGAUUCCGAGCAGGUCGAGAAAUGUCGGCAUGAGAUGAAACGAGGCAACAAAGGGAUGCGAGCUUGCCAAGAAGUUAUUGCGCUAGCCAACAUGAAGGAUCAUGGAAUACUGUCAAUGGAUAUUAAAUCAGAACUUAUCAGAGAUAUGAUGAACCAGCUUAUCCAGUUUGCCAGUCAAAAGCUUCUCUCCGACGAAAGCGUAGAGGUAGUAAGCUCGAAGAACGAAAGGAAGACAAUCGAUCUGGAAGUGAAACUAGCGCCUGAUUUUGAAACUGCAGAGGCCACGCUGCGUACAGCGGGCGUCGACAUUAAAUUCGAUCCGCUCGAUCUUUCUGAAACAGCAUUAUCCUCGGUCGAAAACAAAAUUGACGAAUGGUUGGAGGAAGAAGAAGAGCCUGAGACCUCGUGCACUCUCGACAAAACCGAAGUUCUCACUUUCGACAAUAGGAGCUAUCCCGUAAAACUGGGAAAAUGUUGGCACGUAAUGAUGACCACUUACUCAAAGAGAAAUCCUGAGAAUCCGAAUGAGUUCUUCCCCAUCCCGGAAGAAAUGCAGUUGGCUGUUGUGGUCCAAGAUACGGACGACAAUCACAGGCAGGUUCGCAUGAUCAUGGGUGACAACAAACUUGAAAUGCACAAAUCGGGUGAUCAUGUGGAAGCUACGCUUAACGGAGAGAAAGUGCCCUUCUCGCAGUAUAAGAGCUAUCGGGUAAAGGAAGAUGACGAAACCAUCAUCGAAAUCUUUGAGUUGCCGGACGGGUCAGUCAGAGUCAUGUCAGAAAAGUAUGAAAUGAAUGUCGUGUAUGACGGAGAACGUGUUCGACUUGAGCUGUUCGAUGAGUAUCGCAACGAUAUUCGUGGUCUUUGCGGCAACUAUGACGGGCAGCCCGACAACGACUUUAUCACUCCCAAGAACUGCAUCUUGAAAGAUCCGGAAGAAUUUACCGCUACGUACGCCAUGACGAAGGAUUCCUGCGAGGGUCCUGCUAUGGAGAACAAACAGAAGGCCGAGAAGUCCAAGUGCAUUCGAAUGCGUAACCUACAGAGCAACGUCAUUAGUGACAGAGAAGCGGGAAGACCUUGGAUCGAGAACAAAAAGUGGGGCUAUCAUCACGAACAUCUGGAUGCAUCUGGAAAACGCUGCACCUUCUAUCGCACGAAGAUCGUGGAGGAAGGUGAUGAGAUCUGCUUCACUACCAGACCGUUGCCGAUCUGCGCCGAAGGUUGCAAACCGACCGAAAUGAAGACGAAGAAAUAUCUACUUCAUUGCAUGCCGAAGAACGAAUCGUCGAUGCACUUGAAGAAGAGAAUUGAGAAAGGAGCUAAUCCGGACAUGACUCAAAGAUCAGUCUCCAAGUCGCAUUCCUUCGAAGUUCCUCUUAGCUGCAGCGCCGCGUAAUUCGAGAAUGUUCACAUGUUACGGACGUAUGGCUUUUCCUAAUUUUGUAUCUUUUGUCUGCGAAUCGAAUAGCAUGUCUCUUUUGUAAUUUUGCAAACGAUGAUAGAAAUAAUAACUGAUUAUUUCGAACAAUA